AGCGUAUACCUUGGUGUUCUGAAGUUCCUGCAUCUUAUAACUUCAUGGAACAUUCUGCCUUAAAAGCAUCCCACAGACCACAAACUGCAUCGGAGAUGAAGAUGAGACUGACGGAGGAUAGGACGAAGAGAUCCAUCGCUCCUCAGAUAGACCCCUGGUGAAAGAGCAAUAAACCUGAACACAGACUCUCAUGAGUUUAGGGUUCAGACUGUUUCUCUUUACUGUUUCUGCCGAGCAUUUGCAUUUAGUUCCUUUGCUGUAGCAUGCUAUUGUUUUUUUUUGUUCCCAAAAUGAUUACAAGCUCUUCUAUCUUGUACCUUAAUGGACCGUGUUUCUAGGUUCUACUCUGAUUUCCUGACUUCAUACUGAGAAAAAAACCCUUCUGUUUAUUUCUCAGAUAGUUUUUAUUCAAAGCUUGGCUCCCUGGAAGUCCUGGGAUUUGAACUCCCAACCUUCUGGUCAAACACUGCUGAUUUACCCCUGUCUAUGGCCACAAAACAUUCAAAACACUGAGACUAUGAGGGUUUAUUUAGAGUUCUAUGUGCACUACUUGGUGCUGUUGGCUUUGAACUGUGGAGUUUUUUCAUACGGCCCUCGUCAGAGAGCUCAGAAGACGGGGGACAUACUGCUGGGGGGCUUGUUCCCUAUACACUUCGGAGUCGCUUCCAACGACCAGGACUUGGCUGCUAAACCAGAAUCAACCGAGUGCGUGAGGUAUAAUUUCCGUGGAUUUCGUUGGCUCCAGUCCAUGAUUUUUGCCAUUGAGGAGAUCAACAACAGUUCUACUCUUUUACCCAACAUCACUCUGGGAUACCGUAUAUUCGACACCUGUAACACCGUCUCCAAAGCCCUGGAGGCCUCUCUGAGCUUCGUGGCUCAGAAUAAGAUCGACUCGCUGAACUUGGAUGGGUUUUGUAACUGCACCGGGAACAUCCCUUCAACCAUCGCCGUGGUCGGGGCUUGCGGAUCGGCCGUUUCGACAGCUGUGGCCGACCUCGUCGGUCUCUUCUACAUCCCACAGAUCAGCUAUGCUUCUUCGAGUCGCCUUCUGAGCAACAAGAACCAGUACAAGUCCUUCAUGAGGACAAUUCCGACUGACGAGCACCAGGCCAUCGCGAUGGCGGCCAUCAUCGAUCACUUCCAGUGGAACUGGGUCAUCGCGAUCGCCUCGGAUGAUGAAUACGGCCGUCCUGGGAUAGAGAAAUUCGAGAAUGAGAUGUUCGAGAGAGACAUCUGCAUCGACCUCAAUGUGCUGAUCUCUCAGUAUCUGGAAGAAAACGAGAUUAUCCGCAUUGCCGACCAAAUCCAGAACUCCACCGCUAAAGUCAUCGUCGUUUUUGCUAGCGGGCCUGACGUUGAGCCGCUGGUUAAGGAAAUGGUGAGGCGUAAUAUAACGGAUCGCGUGUGGUUAGCGAGUGAAGCGUGGGCUCUGUCGAGCCUCGUGGCCAAACCUGAGUACCUGGAUGUUAUGGGCGGGACGAUCGGCUUCGCGCUGCAAGCAGGACAGAUCCCUGGAUUCAAGGAAUUCCUGCAGCAGGUCCAUCCGAAAAAAUCCCUGCAUAACGAGUUUGUGCGAGAGUUUUGGGAAGAGACGUUCAACUGUUACCUGGUGGACAGUGUGAGGAAGGAGGACAGCGAGAACGGCAGCGCAGGCUUUAGGCCGCUUUGCACAGGCGAGGAGGACAUCACGAGCGUCGAGACACCUUACCUGGACUACACUCACCUGAGAAUCUCCUAUAAUGUCUACGUGGCGGUUUACGCCAUAGCCGAGGCGCUGCAGGACAUUCUCACCUGUACGCCCGGGAGAGGACUCUUCGCUAACGGAUCCUGUGCAGAUAUUCGAAAAGUGGAGGCGUGGCAGGUCUUAAAGCAGUUGAGGCAUCUGAAGUUCCAGAACAGCGUGGGCGAGAGAGUGCGCUUCGACGAGAGCAGUGAAAUUUCCGCCAACUACACCAUCAUGAACUGGCACCGUUCACCUGCGGACGGCUCGGUGGUGUUCAGGGAGGUCGGGUACUACAGCGUCAAUGGCAAAAAGGGCGCCAAACUCUCCAUAGACAAAACGAAAAUACUGUGGAAUGGCUUUAUGUCUGAGGUGCCGUUUUCGAACUGCAGUGAGGAGUGUGAGCCCGGCACCAGGAAGGGCAUCAUCGAGGGGAAACCCACCUGCUGCUUCGAGUGUACCGAGUGCUCUGAUGGAGAAUACAGCGAGUAUAAAGAUGCCAGUGUUUGUACCAAAUGUCCCAACAAUUCUUGGUCCAACGGAAACCACACUUCCUGUUUCUUAAAGGAGAUCGAGUUUCUGGCGUGGUCGGAGCCGUUUGGGAUCGCUCUGGCCCUGCUCGCCGUGCUCGGCGUUCUCCUGACGUCCUUCGUGAUGGGCGUGUUCGUGCGAUUUCGGAACACGCCUAUAGUCAAGGCUUCGAACAGGGAGCUGUCCUACUUGCUGCUCUUCUCGUUAAUCUGCUGUUUCUCCAGUUCGCUCGUGUUCAUCGGCGAGCCUCAGGACUGGACGUGUCGUCUGCGUCAGCCCGCGUUCGGCAUCAGCUUCGUCUUGUGCAUCUCCUGCAUCCUGGUGAAGACCAACCGGGUUCUUCUGGUGUUCGAAGCCAAGAUUCCCACCAGCCUCCAUCGUAAGUGGUGGGGUCUGAACCUGCAGUUCCUGUUGGUCUUCCUCUUCACCUUCGUGCAGGUGAUGAUCUGUGUGGUGUGGCUGUACAAUGCUCCGCCGGCGAGCUACAGAAACUAUGACAUCGAUGAGAUCAUCUUCAUAACCUGCAACGAAGGCUCCAUGAUGGCUCUGGGCUUCCUGAUUGGCUACACCUGCCUCCUAGCAGCCGUCUGCUUCUUCUUCGCCUUCAAGUCUCGGAAGCUGCCGGAGAACUUCACAGAGGCCAAGUUCAUCACCUUUAGCAUGCUCAUCUUCUUCAUCGUCUGGAUCUCCUUCGUUCCCGCUUAUUUCAGCACCUACGGGAAGUUUGUCUCGGCUGUGGAGGUCAUCGCCAUCCUGGCGUCCAGCUUCAGUCUGCUCGCGUGCAUCUUCUUCAAUAAGGUCUACAUCAUCCUGUUCAAGCCUUCCAGGAACACCAUCGAGGAGGUUCGCUCCAGCACGGCGGCGCACGCCUUCAAAGCGGCCGCCAAAGCCACGCUGAGGCAAAGCUCCGCCUUCAGGAAGAGGUCCAGCAGUGUGGGCGGGUCCUCCGCCUCCUCGCCGUCCUCGUCAAUCUGCCUGAAGGCCAACGAGAACGAAGCAGCCACGCCCACCGGGCAGAGGCGGAGCCAGAGGCCCAGGGUGAGCUUCGAGAGCGGGACGAUGAGUCUGUCGCUCACUUUUGAGGAGGCGAGAAAAAACUAAACGCAACUGCGGAAAUCACGAAACAUCAAUUCAUGAAGAAAUAUUUACGCUCAGUAGCUGUUUUAUCAAGUCUGUCCACUCUGUGGAUUGCUUAGUAAGUGUACAGUUACCAGCUACAGCGCCUCUGUCUCACUGUACAAAGUAUUGGCACCCCUUUACCCACUGAACAGAUAUUUGGGUGGUGGUUCAUUCCCACUUGUUGAACUGUUCCUUAAAAGUCGAGAAUUUCUGAUUAACAUGAAGCUUAUAAAUGUGAACCUGGAAUCAUUCGCUUAAACAGUACAAUUAAUAAUUAAAGUCCAAUGGAGGCAAAUGCUUAUAAUUUUGUCUCGUAUCUGCAUUUAAUAUUGUUAACUGUAUUAACUGUGUUGUUUCCAGAUCAAGCAAACAAUGUGCUUACAUGUGUGUGUGUAACAAUUUCUAUAAACCCUGUAUUUAUAAAUCAUUAUAUUUCACUGUUUCUUGUUUAUAAUUUGGUAAUCAUUUCUUUAGAAAUUGGCUUAUAAAUAUGUCAUUAUUAUUCCAGUCCAGUCAUUGUUCCAGUUUAAGUAAAUAUCACACAAUUCAAUUCAAAUAAAAAUAUGCAACAUAAUUGGUAACAUAUGAAUCACAUCAGUGAUUCAUAGCAAACUGAAUUAAGUGGAACUUUUAUACAUCAGGAUGUUUAUCUUUUAUCAAGAUACGCAUCCAGAGCACUGGCUUUAUGAUAAAAAAAAAAGUACUUCUGUUACAUUGUUAGUAAAUUAUACAUAAUCAUACAUGCAGUUAUAAUGCUUAAUGAAUGCAGGAUUUAUAGAAUGUGUUAGUGUCUUUGUCAGAAAUAACUUUUUGUUAUUGUCAAGCAGAAUUUCAGUGAAAAGUGUAUUAAAAUGUUGAGAUUGUGACACAUGGACGAUAUAAACUCUCCUUGACUUCAUAUGCAGCUGCGUGAUGAAAUUCAUGGAAUCACAGGAAUUCCAUCCAUCCAUCCAUCCAUCCAUUUUCAGUACCAUUUAUCCUACACAGUGCCGCGGGGAGCCUGGAGUCUAUCCUGGGGACUUGGGGCUGAAGGCGGGGGACACCCUGGACGAGGUGCUAAUCCAUCCCUGGGCUAAAUCUCACACACACACACUACGGACAAUUUGGAAAUGCCAGUCAGCCUACGACGCACGUCUUUGGACUAGGGGAGGAAACCGGAGUACCCGGAGGAAACCCCUGAAUCAGGGGAGAGCAUGCAGACUCCACGCACACAGGGCGGAGGCAGGAUUCGAACCCGGAGGUGUGAGGCAACGUGCUGACCGCUAAUCCACCUUCCCACCCCCCCAACCCCAGGAAUUCUCAUCUCCAAAUAUGUCAAUAUGUCUCUUGGGUGUGGCUUUACUUUUAUCUUUAUUUGUGUGUUCAUGCCUGAGGCCAAACGUGGAAUAUAAAUAUUGAUAAACAUAAUGACAUUUCUGGUAUUGUGACUAUUGU